UGUGAGCCGCUCCUGCCACAACUCCUGCAUUCCUGCAGGACCAGGUGUCAUGACUGCCUCCGCGCUGACGGAGACGCCUUUCUUCUACAGCUCAACUUCAGAAUAGAGUCAGCCCAAUGAGGAAUACCUGAGGGAGUUGGAUCUUUCUUUACUCUAAAGUUUUUUUUUAACCAAAGCAAGUCCUUCAGCAACAUGAGUAUGAAGAGGAAGAAGGCUGGGUUGGUCAUCAGCUGGCAGAGAUCCUUCUCCAUUCUGGCUCCCUGGAGAAAAGGUAAAGAAGACAGGAACGCAGUUCUUGACAGUGAAGUUGUGCUGACAAAAAUGAAGCUCUUUAACAACUUUAAUGAAAAGCUCCUGAUGGCAGAAGACUCUGUCUCCACAGUCUCUACAGCAUCAGUUUCUGACCAGGACACUCUGGACCCAAGCAAGGCCUCGGAGGCGAACUCCCACCUUGAAGACAAGCCUCAGAUAGAGUCCGGCUCUGAAUACCUGCCGGCCAUUUUCUCGGACUCUCGGCUCUCCAGGUUGUACAAGUUUGAAUCCGAGGAUUCUGGAGUGGAACUGCCCAGUGGAGCUAACUCUCCGUCCACCCCAACAGGUUCAGAAAAGAGCUUUGUGGUCCACAGUCGAGAGUCCUCUUGUGCUUCCUGUAACUUGUACUCAGGCUCUACUUCCCCCAAUCCUCUAGUUACAAAUAGCCAAAACUCCAAUGUAACGGAGCCAAAAUGCUCAGAAAAAAAGUUGAAUACAACAGUGGAUACCCAAGACAAUGUGCUCACUGACAGAAAGGAAUUUGACCCUUCAGCUGUAACAGUAAAACUGUACAUAGGCGAAGAAAUGGACCGUGGUGAGGCUUCAGGAUUUACCUGUGAAGAUGUUAGGGAGAAAUCAGAACACUGUGAUGUGGUAAUCUCUUCAAAUGUUGAAAAGAGCUCAAAAAGCAUAAACGUCGCAGAGGAACCUUUAACGGCCCGAUGUAAGGACAUGACCGGCACGGACGUAAAGACAGAGUCUUUAAGGAGAAGUGACACCAGGGACAGUUUGGAGGACUACAUGGACAAAUGCUGCAAACUCAGUGAGGCCCAGCAACAGAGACCAAGUCCUCUGGGCUCAGGUUUUGGUUACCUGGAGCACAUCUGCCAGCUGCUUGAAAAAAUUGGUUGUCUGCAGGAGAUAAACCUCCGGCUGCAAAGACAGAUCUGCAGUCUGCAGAAGGACAGCAAAAUGACAAAGACAAAGGAGGAGUUUUUCCAGCAGUACUGCAGCUGUGGCGCUUCCAUCUUAGCCUUCCAGAACUGGCAGUCGAAAAGUGAUCUUUCUCAGGGUGGUACUUUCUCUGAUCUGUCCACCAUCCCAGAGGUCAACUGGCACCCACUGAUGUCAGCCAGGAAAGGCAUGAGUAGUGAAGAUUUGUCAGCCAUCCCAGAGUGGAAGAGGUGCCUGAAUCGAAGGAGCUACGCUGAGGGGGAGCUCCACGGAGACGACUCAGAAGGGAGGAGUCCUCAGCAGGCAAGGCUCAGUGACAACUACAUGUGGGGCCGCGUCAAAGACCUUGUGAGGAAAACUAAAGUGAGAAACCAGAGCAGGCUGGGACUGACUUCCACUUCACUAAAGAUGUCCUGUCCUCAGCUCUAUAGGCCUGAUGAAGAACAAGUGGAAAAUGGUGGCAGAAACAGGAACUCCAUGAUUGCCUUGGGCCACCAAAACAAACCAGACCUUUCUUGGCUUUAGUAAGCGUCCAGAUCAAAAUUGGCUCACACUGAGAGGAGGACACCACGAGCUUCUACCAAGAACUUUUAAGACUUUAAAGGGAAUGAGAAGGAAGAGGAGUGGGAAGACAAGAGAGGAGCAGUUUGAAGAGACGACUGUGGGACAAUGUGUAUCCCUACAGAUGAUUGGAGAUGGUCGACUUUCUGUUUAUUUGCCUCUGUGCAAAGGUGAAAACAAAAGAGUGCAAAGCUCCCACUGCAUUGUGACAUAAUCUAUUCUAUGUAGAGUGUACAGCUUUUACAUUCUACAUUUUUAUUCCUAAAGUUAAAAGAAGCAUAGCUUCAAACCUUUUUAUUGAAACAUGGUAAAUACAUUUCAGACAAAUGGCAGCUGUUUUUGUGUACAGUACAUGCAUAGGAAGCAUUACAACAGAACAUGUGAUGUGUGUGGGUAUGAGAUGAUGUGUUCUGAUGUUCGCAUGUGUAUACCUCAAACAGGUUUGGAAGAGAUGAAAACAUGCCAGAUAUGCACCAGCUUUUUUUUCCCUAACGUAACAUUUCCAAUGGCUGGUUUUAUUAUUGAGUUAUGGCACCAUAGUUGUAGUUUACUGAUGAAGUGGAAGGAAAUAAACUUGAGAAACAAAUAAUAACAAUAUAAAGAACACUGCAGGACUAAGUCGUCUUCUUUCAUAUACUUGCUGUGCUUCGUACAUGGCUUGUGGCAGACUGCGAUUAGGACUCUGAACACCACCUUCCUUCUAGCCAAUGAUGCGGUGCUUUGUGUUUGUCUGUCACAUAAAAUCCACACUAAAUGUUCUAAGAUCGUAUUUGUAACAAAAAGGGUGUGAAAAAUUCUGGAGGGAACGUUUUCUUUUUGUCUGGUCUUAAAGUUCUUUUUACAGUGCAGACAGUGCACAGUAAAAUAUCAUGUGUCAAACAUGACAAACACAACGAGAUUAACACUGAGCUACACCCUAAGGAAUAAAAACUGACAAGAAAAGGAUCAUGAAAUCGAAAUAAUGUAAAGAUAAAAGAGAAAACCUUUCAGUGGCCUUACAAAAUUAAAGAUAAAACAAAACAAUGAGGAAAAGGGGGAGAGCAAACGGUGGCAAAGGCCAGAACAGAGGAAACGUCCAUGGACUUGAUUUGCAGAAUGAAAUUAAAAGUUUCAAGGUAAAAGCCACAGUACCCUCUAAUGGACAAAGUGGAGAGUAGCAAUUUAAAUACCUCUGUAAAGUCCAUCAGCUGAGAUCCUGCAGUGUGUUUGGGAUAAAAGCUGUUUCUUAAAAUAAAAGUACAGUGUCCUCCGCCAGAGAAGCAUGGUGUUCAUAUAAUGCACGGUGUCAGUCAACCUUCUAAGAUCAGGGUUUUUACAUGUUGUAUAUUAUUUUCUUGGUAGUAGAUCAUGAUAAAAAUAUCUUUCUCCACAAUCAUAGUCAUAGUCUGCAACAAAAAAAGCCAAUAAUAAACACUAUAGGUGCAGCCAAUUCUUUAGAACACUGGUAAAAACUACUCAGUGACUGAGUCACUGGGGAAUUGCUAAACUGAAGCAUCGAGGCUCAAUGGAAAAAGUGACGAUAGCAAAGACUCAGCCUUGAAUUUCAACUGGUUACAUGAAGACACACAUAGGCUACUGCCAAACUCUUCACAUUAUCAUUAUUGAUCUACGGGUUUUAGUAUGUCGGUCCACCCUUUGUAGCUAUAACAGCUUCAACUCUUCUUUGAAGGGUUUCUGCAAGUUUAGGGCUGUUUAUAGGCAUUUUUUUUUACCAUUCUUCCACAAGGGCACUUGUGAAGUCAGACACUUGUGCUGGACACGAGGGCUCCGCUCACAGUCUUCACGCUAAUUCAUCCCAAGGAUGUGCUGUUGAGUUGAGGCCAUGACUCUGUUCAGGCCAGUCAGGUUCUUCAACACCAAACAGCAUCAUCCUCGUCCAGUGUUCUAUGAUUUAACACGCAUACAUACAUGACAUUCCUCAUGCUGAAAACAAUGCCCAUACUGCAUAGGCUGAGAGGGAUUCCUUCAUUGCUGUUCAGAGCUCAGUCGCCUUUGGCAGAGUGGUUUCGGCUUUCACAGUUUGGUUGGCAUCUGUAGUUCCUGCUGCUGUUAGUGUUAACAGAGCAGUAGUAUAGCACCAAACUUUACACAAUGCAGUCAAGCCUUCUUUCCUGGCAGCCUCCAAACCCUGACUCAUCCAUUUGGUUGUCAGACAGAGAAUAAUGAAUCCUCACUCCAGAUAUCACGUCUCCACUGCUCUAGACCCCAGUGAUGGCAUGCUUUACACCACUACAUCUGACACUGUCAGAUGCACUGUCUGACACUUCCACGAGGCUGUCUAGUCUGAAGGCAACACAGUUUUGGGACCGGUGUAUUUCUCUCCAUGAUGAAGCCACUAAAGGAGCCACACCUUUACUUUUUCUUUAACAUAGAAAACUACUCCUGGAUCAGUGCCUCUGUGUUCUUGUUGUCUCUCCGUCUUCUCAACCCCUCAGUCGGUCAUAGACUGCCAUUCACACUGAGUCUGGUUCUGUUUCUGCUGGGUUUUUUUUCCUGUUAAAGGGGAUCUUUCCUCUCCACUGUCGUUACAUGGAUGCUCGGUAUAAGAGAUUGCUCCAAAGUAAAUAACACAAUGCCAGUGCCGGUCCACUGUGGCAACACGCUCCCCCAGGAGCGAAUGCUGGAAGUCAAUGACUCAAUGCAACCUGUUGGGUUUCCUUAGAUAGAAAACUUUUUUAUCAAUUUCAUUUAAUAACUUGUAACAAUCAGCCACUAUUAUGUUUAUAUUUCAGAUACACAACUGAAAUAACUGUUCAUAAUAGUGAAAACACAAAUGUACAGCACAGUUAAAUAACAAUGCCACAGUUGAGUUUCAAUUGGCUUGAUUUGGUUAUUUCUUGGAAUGUGUGAGUGUGUCAAAAUGUAUCUUCCACUGAAUUAGUAGGCUAGAUAUCUUGGCGUUUCCCCUGUAAAAAGGUGAAAUGACAAUGACUGUUAAUGUUAACCUUUGCACACAAUUGUUUUGGGACACCAGACAUUAAGGAGAAAUGGAUUAAAGAGGGUGUUUCAGCAGGAUGGUGCUUUAUAUCUUGACUGAGAAAAUAUUAUUGGGAUGAAAUUAAGACAUUGUCAGUUUGUAUUAGUUUGUAAAUAAUGUUUUUUAUGUUCAUUAUUUGAUAUAAGUAUUGUAUUAUUUUCCAACUUUAGUUGUAGUAGCUGUUUCAUCCCUGGUAAUGGUUUCUGUUAAUGUAGAUCCAUUUGUUUUUAAGACAUCGGACAUCUAUUGUUCAAGAGUUGUUUUUUAUGUUGUUUCUUUUGGGUGGUUUGAUCUAACUCUAUUGGCCUGAAAAUAAAUUAAAAAGUUA